GCCAUGUUUGUUUUACAUCUUUUACUUGCACAAUGUCCUGGUCCUACGAUCGCACAUAACGCAAAAUUUGUGUUAAUUGUUUGGCCUCGGACAAUCGUAAUUAUGUAUAUCACUAAAUCUACUUUAGAUAAUUAUAAUUUGCUUUCCCCACUAACUUUCAAAAGAGCCGAAUUUUUCAGUUAAUUUUCCAAUAAUAAUUACUAAACUACGAAGAUUUAUUCACAUCCUCUCUCUCUCUCUCGUGAACAGAGUUAAAAGGACAAACGUUAAAUAUUCUAUUUGAUCUCUUAAAUACUAUAGUACUUUGGAUAUUUUUGCGUAUUAGAUGCAUUCUAUAACCUUUCGUACAUUGAAAUUUCCCAUAGCACGUAAACAUGUUGACUAAGCUAUUCUAGUUGUAAAUUCCUUUGAGCUUGGCACUGUUUAUCGUAACGCGUAUAUUUCGUUUUUCUCUUCAAUGAUUUAGUAUAAUUUUCAUCAGAAUCUUACAGUUGGAAGUUAGCCUGACUUUCUCACUGUUUAUCGUAAUUGACUGAUUGUAACGUGACGCACGUUUUUCUUUCUCUCGUGCGAUUCGUUGUAAUUUUUACAGAUACUUUCUUAAUCUCAACAAAAUAUUAUUUAUAAGUAUAAUUUAUCAAAUAUGUUCGACCGCCGCUCUUGUCGGAUAUUCUAGAAAAUUAGUUAAAUUAACGACUCGCCGUAAAGGAUAAGCGAUAAAAGAUAAUAACGAGCACGUGAGGAAAUUGAACCACAUUUUAUUUUCUCCGUAAUUCUGCUACUUUUUUUAAUCCGUCUCCAUUAGUCAUCAAUUAUUGAUGAGCGAUGAAAGCCAUUCAAAUUAAGCUCUCGAGUACGCGACGUUCACGUCCAUUUUCGGUUGUGAUAACAAUAAUUAAUCACAGUCGAUAAUUUUCUAGGUGAAGGAUCUUUCUAUUCGACACGCUACGAACAAAUAACGAUUGAGGCUGUUUACCGCGACUUAACAUAAUUACCCUAUUAAUAUGCACCGUUAAGUAGUGGUAUUGAUGACAAUAUAACAAUUAAAGUUCGAUGUUUCGCGCGCAUCGUGGGUAAAUUACAAUUAUUUUCAAACAAUACUUAUUUCUCUGUGAAAUAUUUUCUACGGAUAAUCUGAGCGAACUAGAGUUCAUAAUUAAUAUUAAAACCAUCAAUUUGUAAUUUCUCAUAGUAAUUUUAGAGAUAAAGGGUGAUUUAUUUUGGAGAAAGCCUAGAAUUUUGAUGAAUGAAGCCUUAUAGGUACAUUUGCCGCACAAUUUGACUUCUUCGGUGCUUUGUUCAAAUUUUACACCUUAGUUGUAGCGAACAAAGCAACGUUUCUAAUCCAUUCGACUCGUCUAGUUUCGUAAGUCAUAAACGUUAAUUCCUGUAUACUUCGAUAUAGAAUAGAACUCGUGGUACUCCCGAGUAUUUUCUGGAAUUUUGUUUACAACAAUACGACCAUGUUCAAUAGAGAGUUUUAAGAAGGUAUUUAACGACAAUGUUCGACAGGUUGAUUGAUAGACCUCGAUUGUCAAAUCUCGGUUUUGAUGUAUCAGUAUUAAUAUAUUCUUCUUGCAUUUUCGAUAAUCCAUCAUCAUCGCAAUCAUCGAUAUAUAACAAUGUCGUCUGUGUGAUCGCGUGGUAGUAGUAGUAGUAGUAAUAGUAGUAGUAGUAGUAGGCAAUACAAUCUCGUUUGCAUCACUAAACGUUACGGAUGAGAAGCAAUCGUUGACUAAUCGUAAUCGUGUGUACUAGGUGUUCGAUUAAUUCACUUCUUCCCGUAACAAAUUGAAUUUCCGCCGUUCAAUUUUCCGCGGCGUUGGUCCCUAUUGUUUUCCGUUGUCGAACACAUGAUAAAAAAUGGUGACAUCCAAAACUCAGAAAAGUCAUCGUUGGUGGAGUCAAAGAUACUUCCAAAAAUUCAGUCAUCCAAUCGUUUGGAAGAUGUACAACCUAUGCUAGCGACAAACAAUGCAAGCAGUGAUCCAGAAAAUGGUCGUAUUGUUAAUGGGAGCGUUGUCAGGCAAGUUCUGGCAGCAGUAGUAGCACAACUUGGGACUAUCAACACUGGUAUGACCUUUGGUUUCUCUGCCAUCGCUCUCCCGCAACUUCAAGAACCAAAUAGCACCAUUCCCAUCGUCGAAGGUUCAUCCGAGGAAUCAUGGAUCGCUAGUAUGUCUUCUAUUGGAACUCCCAUCGGAUGUUUGAUGUCUGGAUACAUGAUGGAUGUACUUGGAAGGAAACUAUCUCUCAUUAUCACAGAGAUUCCUGCACUACUUGGGUGGAUAUUAAUUGCAUUUGCAACUAAUAUUCAUAUGAUAUACGCUGGAAGAUUCUUCGUAGGACUUGGAUCGGGCAUGGUUGGUGCUCCAGCUCGCGUCUACACGGGAGAAGUGACUCAACCCCAUCUACGAGGAAUGUUGACCGCUUUUGCAAGUAUCGGGGUCAGCACCGGUGUUCUAAUCGAGUAUUUAUUAGGAAGCGUACUUACGUGGAACAUCUGUGCAGCUGUUAGUGGGAUUUUACCUCUUGCCGCUUUACUGUUGAUGUUUCUAUUUCCUGAGACACCGUCGUAUCUUAUGUCUCGUAGUAGACCUGACAAAGCACGCGAAGCAUUACAACAGUUUCGUGGUAGUACAUGUAAUAUUAAUCAAGAAAUGGAGACACUUAUCAAUUUUUCAAAUAAGAACAAUAUCAAGCGACUAACAGGAUUUCGUGAGAUAGUCAACGCUCUGUUAAAACCUAACGCUGUUAAACCAUUUACUCUGUUAUUUUUAUACUUUUUAAUAUACCAGUGGUCAGGUACAAACGUUAUAACUUUUUAUGCCGUUGAAAUUUUCCAAGAUUCAGGGGCAACGUUAAACAAGUACUUAGCUGCAGUAAUUCUCGGGAUAGUUAGAUUAGCAUCAACCAUUGUCGCUUGUAUCUUAUGUAAAAAAUGUGGACGAAGACCUCUCACGAUGGUUUCUUCCGUUGGUUGUGGACUUUCCAUGAUAGGAUUAGGUGGAUAUAUGUGGUUAAGAAACUACUGGAUUACGAAUAAUUUUCAACUUAUUGCUACUUGGUUUCCUGUUUUAUGUAUAUUUUCAUACACUAUAACUUGCACUCUUGGUUUCCUUGUUAUUCCUUGGGUAAUGAUAGGCGAAGUGUAUCCAACACAAGUACGCGGUAUUAUCGGAGGUUUGACUACAAUGGCAGCCCACUCUUUUAUCUUUACAGUAGUUAAAACGUAUCCGUUUUUGGCUAGCUCAAUUACUCGGCACGGUACUUUCAUUCUUUACGGUUGCAUAUCUUUAUUCGGCACGAUAUACUUUUAUCUGUGUCUUCCCGAAACUAAAGGUAAAACGCUUCAAGAAAUAGAAGAUUAUUUUUCCGGAAGGAACGAUGAUUUAAGAACCGGAAGUAUAGGUAGACAUAAGCCAAAGAUGUUAGAAGCGAAAAAGGGUCAGAUAUUGCCUUGAAUUAUUCGCACAGUCAACAUUUUAAUAGAUAUAAAUUAACGAAUCUGUCUUCCAUUGAACAAACACAAAAGUUACAUGGCUAUGUUUUAUUAUUACUAAUCAAGAUUAAUUCUUAUAUUAUUAUCAAAGAGUAGUUUUAAUUUAAACAACAGAAAAAUGGUAUUAUAUAUAUAUUCGUCUUGUAACAAGACAUCGGAACUGGUAACGUGAUCAAAAGACUUCAAAAAUCAAUGAAGAUCUAUUAAAUCAUAUUAAGACUUCAAUUAUCGAUAUCCUGAUAUUUUAUUUUUCGUUUUUAAGUAAGAUAAUUUUAAUUUGCGACGAUAUCUAUUUAUUGAUAAAAUAUUCAGGUAAUUUAAAUACUACAUAACUUUUUUAAUGAAAUAGUAGUAAUAAGAUAUAUUUUUGUAAGAGUUAUUGACAGGAUCAAAUCUACUCGUCAAAAAACGAACAGAGGGAAGAAAGGAGACAAAAUAUGUACAUGCUUUACAGAUGUUUUAAUAUGCGCACAAAAUCCGAAAGGUGCUAUUUAUUGUUAUAGUAUUAUAAUAUUUGUAUAUAUAUGACAAGAAGAUAACAUACAGUUAACAAACUAUGUAAGAAACAUUUGUAAACAAACAUGGUGUGACAAUGUACCCAAGUUCCAACAAUGCAAACUAUUCUAUAAGUUAAAUUAAACAUUUUUAAUAUA